AUGAAAACAGUGAGUGUAAUCCAAUCCGUUGCAGUACCGAGACAAGAUCUAUGGGGGGAGGGGGAGGAGGGGGACGAUAUUCCAAGAGCGGAAAGCAAUCAGUGGAUGUGUGAGAAGGAAUCAGUGAAACUGGCACUUUCCAAUGAUGAUAUGCCACAGAAGUUAUCAGUAAAUGAUUCGAAUUCUGAAUUAAGCAAUUGUUGUUGGAAGAGAAGCAGAACAAUUAUUAUUGCCGUAUUUAAAAAUGAUGAUUUAAACAGUAUCAAAAGACCUGGUUAUGACAAGAACGCAUGUGACUUUUUAUUACUCACAUAUAUCACUCCAGGAGUGAUGCAAUGCUUAAGAGCGUCUUAUCAGGGAAGCACUCGUAAUCGAGAUGAAGAUAACACAUAA